AUGCGGCGUCCCCAGCGCCUCGUCGCCCUCCUGGCGGCAGGCCAAGCGUCUGCCAGCUCCUUUUGCGACAAGUAUCUCCUUGAAUACGACGUUGGCGCGACCGAGGUCUGCUACACGUAUUUGACCGUCGUCCCGGCCACCCCUACAGGCCAGAACUAUGUCACCACGACGAUUGGGAACCCCGACAUCACCGCCCCCGCCACCUAUACCACCCCCCCUUCGGGAACACAGCCUGGAACUGUCGUGGUUGAGACCCCGGUCGUUCGCACCACCACGAUCACGACGGGUGUCCCGAACAUCACGGGAACCCAGACCACGACCAUCCCGGCCAGUGGCACCGUCCCUGGGACUGUGAUCAUCCAGACGCCCGAGAACGAGGACCCCGGGACCGUGACCUUCACGACGGGAGACUCCACCAUCACGGGGCCGACAACCUUCACUAUCCCUGCCUCUGGAACUGUUCCCGGCACCGUGAUCGUGGAGACGCCGGAUCCCGCCCCCGAGACGAUCCCCCCGAUCUUCACCCUCGAGCCUAGGGAUCCGGGUACAGUCACGCUGACGACUGGCAACCCCACCCUCACGGCCUCAACCACAGUCACCAUCCCGGCGGUUGGCACUACCACUGGCACUGUGAUUGUCCAGACGCCCAUCAGCCCUGGGACAGUGACGGUCACAACCGGCAAUCCCACCCUCACGGGCACGACGACGAUCAAGAUCCCGGCGAUUGGCACCGCCCCUGGCACUGUCAUUGUCGAAACGCCUGUCCCCACUGUCAUGCCGCCCUUCGACCCGGGAACCAUCACAGUCACAACCGGUAAUCGCACCCUCACGGGCACGACGACGAUCACAGUCCCGGCGAUUGGCACCACGCCUGGCACUGUGAUCAUCCAAACGCCCAUCGAUCCCGGGACAGUGACGGUGACGACCGGCAAUCCCACUCUAACGGGUACGACGACGGUCACGGUCCCAGCGGUUGGCACCACCCCCGGCACCGUGAUUGUCCAAACACCUGUCGACCCCGGGACAGUGACGGUGACGUCCGGCAACCCUACCAUCACAGGCACGGUUACCUCAACCGUCCCAGCAUCUGGCACGGUCCCCGGCACCGUGAUCAGCCAGGCAUUGUACCGCCUCGACCUCACGACCGGAGAUAACCCCCUGGUCAACGGCAACGGCAUGCUGCUUCCUGCUGGGGGUCAAUCGGCCAACGGGGCGGACCUCAUCCGCAUCGCCUCCAACGGCGACUCGACCGUCUACCCACUCAGCCUCGUUGGCUUCUGGAACAUUGGCGAUGUGGAUGCGCAGGGCCAUCUCUGGAUCUCAACCAGCAAUGAAGCGCCAACACAGUGGGCCGAGAUCGAUACGGACCAAAACUCGCCCACCUUUGGCACCGUCCUGGUCAGGGCACGACUCAACUCCCGGCCCCCUACGCAGUCGCCGACUGGGCCUUUGUCCCCGGCGGCGGCGAUUACAUCUAUGGCCUUCUCUACGACGCCACCGAUGCCAGACUAUGGCAGUGUGACGGGCAACGGCGGCACUGACAUCUGGGGCGCCGUGUACUCGGCCGGGAACGGCUUCCUCUACGCCUCGGAGAACAACAGUGGCGAGAUCUGGCGCUUCCCCGUGGUGGGCGGCGGGGCGCCCGAGUUUGUCACCGACGGGCCCCCCUCGGGCAGCAACGACGGAGCGAGGUGCGUCAACGCGCCGGAUCCCCCCGCGGCUGGGGGGGGGGGCCGCUGCCGUUCGUCUGGCUGUCGCUGCGUCCUCGCCGUCUGCUUCAUCCGCCGAGGCUACAUCUGCUGGCGAGGCUGGGCCCGGCGCAUCGGGGACCGACGGCACGGCUGCGGAGACUGGUGCGCCUUCUUCCACGCCUAG